AUGCCUGAGCGCACAGCCGCCUCCAGGCUCCGGCUCUCCGGGCUGUGCUUCCUCCUCCAAAUCCUCAACAUCCUCCUCUUCGCCGUGUUUGUGCGGUACAGCACCGAGGGCAGCCCCGGGCAGUGCCCCUGGCAGCUGAACUGCAGCAGGAGAAUCCAGGACUCGGGUUUCCAGCAGCCCCGUUUCCAGGAUUCCCACGUCCAGGUGCUCCUCAGCUUCGGGCUCCUGGUGGCAUUCCUCGGCCGCUAUGGGCCAGGCAGUGCAGCCAUCAGCAUCCUCAUCAUAGCCUUUGCCAUCCAGUGGGCUCUUCUCAUCCAGGGGAUCCUUUACUUCUUCCUCAAUGGCAAAAUUUACGUGGGAGCUCAGAGCAUGGUCAGUGCUGACUUCUGCACUGCAGCUGUUCUGAUCUCCACUGGAGCUGUUCUGGGCAGGGUAAACCCUGUCCAGAUGCUGCUGCUGGCCCUGCUGGAAGUCAUCCUGUGCACUCUCAAUGAAUACAUCCUGCUCAGUCUCAUGGGGGUAAGCGACAGUGGACGCUCCUUGACUGUCCACACCUUUGGUGCUUAUUUCGGCUUGAUGGUUUCACGGGCCCUGUACCAGCCCCACAAGGACAAGAGGAAGAGGGAAGAGCGGCAGGACACGGGGCAGCAGACGGAUUUCUUUGCUGUGGCUGGAACCAUCUACCUGUGGAUCUUCUGGCCCAGCUUCACCUCCACCACCACUGUCCACGACAGUGCUGAGAACUGGGCAGUGCUCAACACCUACUUCUCUCUGGUGGCGAGUACUGUUGCCACCUUCAUCCUCUGUCCUGUCCUCUACGAGGAGAGCACCCCACGGAUGGUUCAGAUCCAGGACGCCACCCUGGCUGGCAUGGCCGUGAUGGGUAUGGCUGGGGAGAUGCUGGUCACCCCCUUUGGGGCCCUCAUCGCAGGGUUUCUGGUUGGCCUGAUCUCCCCACUUGGCUUCAGAUUCUUCACGCCCGUUCUACGCUCCAGGCUGAAAAUCCAGGACACGUGUGGGGUCCACAACGUCCACGGGCUGCCUGGGAUACUGGGGGCCUUGCUGGGGACACUGCUGACGCUGCUGGCCACUGCAGACACUUACGGUGACAGGCUGGAGCUUGUGUUCCCACUGGUGACCCCGGGCAGCCGGACAGUCACUUACCAAGCACUCAUGCAGCUCAGUGCCCUGCCCCUCACCCUGCUGCUUGCAGCCCUCGGGGGCUGGCUCACAGGUAAACUCCUGAAAACCAAGCUGCUGAGGGGCUCCCCGGACGCGCAGUCCAUGGAAAACAGCGUCUUCUGUGAGGUGGCCGAGGAAGGCUGUGACCCCGGGGCAAGCAGCAAAGAGCUGGGCACCAGCACCUUGGUGUGAUGACCACGAAGCCCCGGUGAGGUCCUGCACCACCCAUGGUCUGUCACUGCCAAUGCCAGCGGGCUUCUGGCAGCCUGAACUUCCCCAGAGCAGCCUGCUCUGGAGACAAGCCGUGCUUGUUCCCAUCUGGGAGCCAGCUCCUGGUCCCAAACGUUUUGGGAACAGCUGGGCAUCCACAGGACUUUGCAGGGUGAAGAGGUGCUGCAGUGUCCCGGUGCUUGUUGUGAGAGCAACACGGCUCCUGCUCCCAGAGUCACCUUGGGGUGCCCAGGCUUGGCUCAGACACUUCCCCUCUCUGCUCCUUGCCUCAGUUUCCCCAUCAGCUGCUCUCUGAAGGAAGGCAAUGGAGGGGAGAAGGGGUGAUUUUUUUGGGGAGUGGACACAGGAGGCUCAACAGAAAGCAACAAAGACU